CGGAUCGGAAAUUGUACUGGGGUUUUAUGUGUGCGGAGACGCCGCGUGGGGUGUCUGACCCUCGUGGUUCCUUUUCUACUUCAGGAUAAUGGAUUCUACUCGGGCAUCAGAACUCAUAAUUCAAAGAUGCAACUUUCAUUUGUCGAAAGUCAUUUUCAAGACCGAAGAAAUAUAUCUCAAUUGAAAAUUUCAAGCAGAUCCUUUUUCUUCUAUCAGUAAAUUCUGAGAGGCGCUGAGUGACUUUGCAUCAUUAUUUUGCGAAAAAUAUUCGUAGUUUAGUACAAAAAAUUAUAUUGUCAGUAACACCGGGGGAAAAAAAUAUGUUACUAGAACCCAUACUGCUCCACGUGUUUAAAAACCGUGCCAUCAAAUUUUUAUUGCCAAUAUCUUUCGUUCGAAAAUAGUGGAAAAAAAUUGUUUUGAAAUAGAGAUAUUUUUAUUUCAGCAUUUUUUGUUGAAUAUGUCAAGCGUACUGACCCGCCGUGAGACCUUGAGUCCGUAGACUUUUUCUUAUGAUGAUAUGCACGUUCUUAAUUGACGUCCAUCUCCCGUCGUUGCUCAUGAGCGUCUCUAUGAUACCCGGAGACCAUUGACCCCCACCCAACGGAAACCAAAUUUAGCAAUAAUAUCAUUUUUUAAAAAUGGGAAGCCUGUUAACACCGGCUGUCACUUAUUCCUAUCUUAUCACUCGUCUCCGCAUGCACAUAAAUACCCACAAACACCGGUGAAAAUGAAAUAAAAAUUGCAUGCACGGCACACACGCAUACUAUUUACCAACGGCAUACGAGAGAUUUCCGGGUUCCGUCGGACUGUUGACUAUCUCACAUUUCGCCUGCCUCCCCGACAGCUAUUAAAAUUCUAUUAUUCUACCAAUUACUGUAUUUUCGAGGUGAAAAACCACCUGGAGGCUUUUUCCCCCCAAAUUUCCGCUGAUUCUCGGGUGUAAAUUGACGUGCAACUCACCAGGUGACUCGCAGUGGACGGGACAAGCGAAGAAAAUGCCCCCGGGAAACGAGCAGAUUGGAUAAGUGAGGCUUAUAGAGAUGAUAGGAACAAAAAAUUUUGUGAAGAAAAAGACACACAUUGUGAAAUGAACCGAGUGAGAGUGAAAUAAAAGAGAAAGAGAGAGAGAAAAAAGAAAAAGGAAAAGUGCUAUUUUCCAUAAUUUACGAUCAUCUCGAAUGGUUGAAGGGGGAAAAAACGGAAAGCGCGAGCGGCGUCGACGAAAGAGACGAAAGCCCGAGGAGACGCGUCAGAGGAACGCCAAACUGGCGUCUUUAACGCACGAGUCACGGGGGACUCGGACCCGUCGACGCACCAACGGCGGUUCACUCUCGAGUCGCGGUAGUGCAGGGAUGCAGUGCGGCCUUUGCGCCGUACUCGCUGGCCUCUUCAGACGCGCCAUGUGCAUUGCCGGUAGCAGGCGGGGAUCUGGUGAAUCUUGUUAUCAAGAAUUAACCACUGAACAGCAAAUUAUGAUUGAUCAGAAGACAUGCGAGGUGGGAGUGACAAUCACUAGCGCAACCCCGGAGAGAACGGGAUCGUUCACGCACAGAUGUGUACAAGAUGUCAUUCCUGAGACAUCGAGUGCAGAAAUCGCUGUUGAUAGCCCAGAGGAGAAUGCACUGUUCGCCCGAAUUUCUGAAGAGGCUACGCUUCCGUCCUCAGGGGUUUUGCCCCCAGUGCAAUCAGCCCCCGAGGCCGUCGAGGAGGUGGAGACGGAUGUGACACGGCGUUUCUCAACGACAGAACGUCUGUUGAUAGAUAGUUUGGAUAUCGGUGAGGAUCGAAAGAAGCACACUGGCAGAUUUCUCACUAUGUACAAGAGACGACGUAAACGCUUAACAACGAGAUCUCUGAAUCAGGAGCCAGGACUGCUAGACGAUAUUUUUCAUGGACAAGUGCAGUGCAUUUUGCAGAGGGCCGGCCACUGGCGCUUCAACGCUUUCACCCUGGAGACUGUAUCGGGAGGUCGUUCGCUGCCAGUAAUGUGCGUCCACCUGUUUCAAUGGUACGGUCUAUUGCAACAAUUCAAUUUGGACGUAGUCAGGGUGUGGAAGCUAUUCGCCCUUAUUGAGGAGGGCUAUCACAGUACAAAUCCUUAUCACAAUAGCAUACACGCCACUGACGUCACGCAGGCGAUGCAUUGUUUUCUGCAGGAGAACAAAAUAAGGAAAAAUCUCAGUGGUUUAGAGAUUAUGGCCUCUCUAAUAGCCGCCGUCACCCACGAUCUCGAUCAUCCUGGGGUCAACCAGCCGUUCCUAGUCGCAACCAGCAAUCAUUUGGCUACUCUGUACGAGAAUACAUCAGUAUUGGAAAAUCAUCACUGGAGGUCGGCAAUUGCUUGUUUACUCGAGAGCGGUAUUUCCGAGCAGUUGUCACCCGAAAUCCGGCCGGAGCUUCAGCGAUACAUCAGCUCAUUGAUCCUCGCUACUGAUAUCACGAGGCAACAGGAGUUUUUAACUCGUUUUAGGACAUAUCUGGACACAAACAGCCUCGACAUGGAGCGUGCAGAAGACCGCCACUUCAUUCUCCAGAUAUCCCUGAAAUGCGCGGAUAUUUCGAAUCCCUGCCGGCCAUGGGACAUAUCCCGGAAAUGGGCGUACAAAGUGUGCGAAGAAUUCUUCAGACAGGGUGACUACGAACGCCAGCUGAACCUACCGGUGACUCCCCUCUGUGAUCGUUCCUCAAUCAGUAUCCCUAAGAUACAGGUAGGUUUCUUCGAGUUCGUAGUCACACCCCUCUACGAAGAAUGGAAUCGCUUCCUCGGUGAAGGUCUCAGUAUAACACUGAUGAGCCACUUGCUGGUGAAUGGCAAACGGUGGGAAGGCCUGAUCACUCAGGAGAACGCGGAUGAGACGAAAACGGAGAUGUCGGAUCUGGAGGAAGUGCCAAACUCCCCCAGCUCCGAGGAGGAGAUACCGCAAGAAGAGUCGGGAAGCGUUGAAAUACUGACAAUUGAGCUGCCGAGCCAGAGUGCAAACACACGGAUGGAGAGACGUCACUCGGUUCCAAUGCACACAAAUACUCUGGCCCCACCUCCGAGAGUCAUACGACGGGACAGCGUUCCCUGCGCCCACGGCAGAUCAAAGUUACCUCUCCUCAAACUGGAUGACCAGAGCCUCCAUCCCCUGAGUUCGCUGUCUCUGGUGUCUUCGAAGUCCUCACUUCUGGAGACCACCACUAAUAACAGCACAGGUGAGCGUCCAGUCUCGGCGGAGAAUCUUCUUCCGGAGACGAGCAUCGCCAGUAUUACCAGUAACGUCGAGGCCGCUCGACUAUGCACUAUUCUCCAGCCUGAAGUCCAGAAAUCGUCCCAGAGCAAACAACUGACUCGUCAGCAGACUUUCCCACCGCUGCAGCCCUACGUCAGAAUUCGGUACAUGUCGACGACAGUGGAGAUGUCCAAAUGUCUGACGGAGACGCUGAUGGAGGCGGAGUCACCACCUUCGUCGAACUCUACGAGUCCAUCCAGAGAUAGAUCGGCGGGUGGACGCCGAGAGAGGAAAAUCAGUUCGCGAUCUUAUACGGUUGACCACAGCAGGAGGCGGGAGUCAGCAUUUGCUGACUUCAAUCGUUUGAAUGUCGAGUCUGCGAUGACUGGUGAACAACGGCGGAGGCACUCCGUGCAGGGAAUGAAAGGGGAUGAGACUGGCAAGCAUCGCCACAAGCGGCCGUCAUCGGCACAGGAAACCGAUCCAGCUCAGUUCUACGCAAAUUUGACUGGUGGAUCCAGAGCGAGACAAAAGUCCAGUGGAAGUGACUCAAGACCAGUGUCCAGGUCGGACUCAGAGAGACAGUGGAGCCUGGAGGAAUCUGCUGGCGAGGAUCAGGGCUCUGGGGAUCGGUGUAUGCCUCUUGUGGGGAGCGCUUUGGAGAAGAUGAAGGAGGGUGAGAUGAGACGGUUCUCCACACCGGUUACUGAGGUCAAGGUUUCGGGGGAGGGCGGAGCGAGGAGGUUUACCACUAUUCCGGUCACCUCGGAUUUGCCGACACAUAAGGUGUUCUUCAUUGGAAGCCCUCCGGAAUCGCCGCCGAGACUCAAGAGUGUUUCAUCGAGCAGUGACAGUGGAAGUGAACCUAGGAGGAGUAUUGGGGAGACUUCUUGCGAGGGUAGUGUUUUUGUGGGGGGAAAACGGGACUCAGAGGGUGGAAGGCAUAAAGGCGGGAAGAUGAUGAAGAUGAGUGACGAUGGGAGGAUGAAGGAGAACGUCGAUCCCAGGGGGAGUGAGGAGGGAAAAUGCCCGGCAACCAGGCGCACGUCGCAGGGAUGGGCGAGGAGAAGGGGCUCAGCGCCAGUGGGGCUGAUGUCCAGACUCGAUGACGUGUCAGUUACAGUCACCACGAGGAUUGACACUAACGCACGUAGAGGAUCAGUACCUGCUGACAUUACUGACCACCAAACACUCAAAUCGGGGGGGUCAUUUAGAUCGGCAUUGGGACUGAAAAAAGAGAAUUUACCAGUGAUCAGACGAUCGAGUCUUCCACACGAGGCUGCCCUGAGCAGUAUAUUAGGUUUUCAAACGACUGAUGAUAGAGAAAACUUUCCCGCGAAUAACAACAAUAACAACAAUCACGGCAGCAACAAUAAUGCCCCAACAAUUGGUAUGCCGUCACCUCGACGAGGCUCAGUACCAGCCGACAUAUCAGAAUUGCGUCGUGAUUUAUUCGGUCGGAAUAGUGUUAAUGGAAAGACUCGUAAUCGUAAAAAAACACUAAAGAGACGGAGCAGUGGGGGUCCAGAGAUGUUCGCUGGUAAUACCGAUGACAAUGAGAAUGGAAAAUGGAGUGGCUGGAAGAGGGAACUAUCCAAGAGGGACUCAAUACCAGAGCCAAGUGUCAAACGACGUGGCUCACUACCCGUUGAGAUGGUUUCCAUAUCACAUGCUGGCAUUGGUGGAACGAGAAAAUCUAGCCUGUGGAGACUCUAGCAACAAAUGAAAACACCUGGGACAUCUUCGAGUAUCAUCAGCAACGAGUAAUGGCGACACAUUUCUAUUGAUUUUUUUUCUAUCUUUUUGUAUGGAUGGACAGAGAGAUGAAGGACAUGGAAAUGAUCUUCUACCAGUUUCAUUGGUGCAGAGAGUAUAAUCCUAGUGGCGGGAGGGAAUACACGAGCGAUGUUUGCAGCGUGACCUUGAGCCGUCUAACAGUAAAAAGAAGCAUAAAACACGACGUCUCAAUUGUCUUCCUGUUAGUAGGAACGAUGUGCAUGCGCCAAAAUUAAUUUGUGCCAUAAAUAAGUGACCGACAAUGUCCCAAAAUCAAUGCGGCUCAAGUGAAAUUAAGUGAAAAAAAAUUCAAAUUAUUUCAUACGUGCAGAUUUUUCAUUUCCAUUACGUAUACAACACAGGGUUCAUAAUUGACGAUUUUAUUAAUUAAAAAAAAUGAUGCCUAGGUACGGAGAAGGAGAAAAGACUGGUAGCGAAAAAUCGUGGCUGUAGAAGCUAGACGUUAAUGAGCAUAGAUUGAAAUUAAAAUUAAUUUACAAAAGAAACAAAAAUUCAAGUGACAUUUGCUCAUAUCUAAAAACAAGUAACACUUUAAUGGGACAAAAAAAUAGAUGGAAAUGAACAAUAGGAUGGGGAAUUGCACUGAGAGAAAAGUAUUUUCAACAGGAGAGAACAAAUUUUUUUCUCUCAGUCUACACUCAACCCUUCAACGAUCACAAUUGAAGCAAAAAUAUGAUGAAUAAGUGAUGAAGGUAGACAUUCCAACACUGUAUUGAACAAAAAUAUAAUGACUAGAACAAUAAUCGAAAGAAUAAAGUUGAAGGCAACUAAAUGAAGCCAUUAGCAAUGCCGUCACAUCCAUAAUCUCAUACUCAUUGUUGUUGUUACGCAAUAAUUAAGUAAAUAAUCCAGUGAGUUGGUGACCAGUCAACCCCAACAGCUGUUGAUUGGUCGUGAACUGGAUGAGAACAAAUAAUUGACACAUAAGGAAUGUUUGAGUAGUUAGUGAACGUUAGUCUGUAAUAUGAACCUGGGAUAUUCCGAGAAUUCAAUGUGAUCGAGAGCCCCACCAGCGGCAAUGGACUUGCUGAUAUUUUUCUGUGAUUGUACAUCACAUAAGGCGGCUUUUCACGACAAAAUGAGAAACACUUUGAGAAGUCAAUUUUUUUUAUUUGCAAUCACAGAAAAAAAUCAGCAACAUCAUCGAUGAUGGUGACCGCCUCGAGCGCGUCAAUUUCAUACGGAAUUUCCUACCUAGAGAAACCGUAAAAGACAAAUUAAAAUCGCGCGAUGUAUUCAUGUAAUCGUAAUUAUUUAUAACUGGUUAAAUGAACAGGAUUAAUAUGAACGAUAUGAAAAAAAUACUGAAUCAAAAAUAAGGAAAGGGUUGAGUAAUGAUUAAUCAUAAGUACGCUCAUUAAUGGACUAUUGAAUUAAGAUCGUUUACCUCGUGUGCUCUCGUUAUCCUUCCCACAAAUGUAUCUGAUUAUGAAUUCUCACAGGCUACUUAAGAGACCACGAUGAUAUAUAACGUAUUGGCUCGAUUUUCAAGCUAGCAUAAACAAUCAUGACAGGAGGGGGACACCUUUUCGUCAUCCUUUGAGUAGAUUUGUCUCUAAUAAAUCGUAGUAUUUCUCGAGAUUGAUGUUAUACUCUCAUAAAUGCUGAUGGAAGAACUUCCUUAGUCAUCUCAAGGAAUCGAAGUUAUAGUUUAUCAGUGGCUAAUACUAAUUAAGGAACAAAGGAUUAUCUUGUAGGGGUUAACAAAUAUUACAGGUUUAGCAAACGGAUAAUCUGUGUUGAAAUAGACUAGGAACUACUCAUCUUCACUCGCAUUUCAAUUCCAUUUCCGCAUGAAAAAAAUACGAAAGUUUUGCGCGCGUUGAUAAUUGAGAGGCUUUCAAAG